CUGUCUGUUGUUCGUUCGUUCGUUCGUACUAACUUAACUUGUGCCUUAGAGUUUGUGUGUGCUCUCUUUCUGGUCAUUGAGGAGAAAAUCCAGGAGCAGAUCUGGUGCACUUCUUUGUUUUGAUUGCGGCCAUCAAAUCCAUGCGGGGGAAGAGAAGUUUGCUCGGUGGCAAAUUGGUCUGAAAAUCCGUCAUUGGAGCAACGGACCGAAAUUGCACGUAUCAACCAUGAAUCAACUAAGUGGAGGAUUACCAUUGAUCCUAAUUUUGGCCAUCUUAUCAGUUGAGGCUGUUGGGGAUUUUGGUGCUAAACUCGUGAAAUGGGAAGACGAUCAAGCGGAUGGCGACAACCCACAACAGGGCAGAAGCAUUGGGGAUUCCAAGACUCGAUGGCUUCCAGGUAAACAUUUGGGAUUGGCUUCGUUUGGUCAAUCAGAAAACACUACUUUUGGUCUUGGCUCCAAUGUGAUGGACACGCUUGGAAAACAUCUUUUAGCAGGGCAACGAGAGCAUGGCAAUGACUUCGAAGCUAUUGAGGCAGAACUCUCCGAGAUUCUGUUUGGAAGUACCGAGGAGGAGACCAUCGAGAGCGAAGAACAGGCUGAUGAGGAUCUUGGAGCCGAUCACGAUAAUGACGAUGACAAUGGUAUGGUGAAAAUCAACGCCAAGGCACGAAUCCCAAUCAGGAAGAGAAUUGGCACCAAUAAACCCGGUGGCAGACGACGCAAGCGCCCUCUGCAAGACAUCAGACCAUCGGACGUCACGCCUAUUGCUCUUCAGCCUGACUCGGAUAUCAUUGAUGGGGAUCGUGGAGAGUUCAAGGACUACGAUUACAAGAACUAUGAUCUCUAUGCCUAUGAUGAGGAUAGUCAAGAAGAGGAAGAGGAGGAGAAGCCCACUCCAGAAGAGGUUUUGAGCGAUAGUAACGCCACUUUGACCAUGUCUCCUCAAGCUUCCGAAAUCCGUGCGUCCAGACCUUUUCCAAUGGGAGGUAAAAGGCGACGAAACCCGUUUGGCCCACAUUUGCCCAUUGGAUUACCUGGUCUCGCUCCCAAUGGCAAGAUUAUCAGGGGUCGAAACCGUCCCUAUAUUCCCUUGAGCAAUUCCCCUAGUCUGACAUUGGGUGAGAACUCGAAAAUCUUCCCCCGGCGCCGACCCAAAUUCGGACCCAAGCCCAAUGGUCGGCAGCAACUGGGGCGGAAAUCCAAUCGUCCCAAUCAUUUGGCAGCUGGCCCAUCCAACACCAUGUCGGACACAAUCGAAAACCCUUUCAAGGACGAAAUGCGUCUUAACCCUACAUUGAGCUUUUUGGAGGACAAAGAGUUACAUGAGCUCAAGGGCACACUCACAUCUAGGGACCGACCUUUGCCGGGGAAAGGCAAACGGGACCGACUACCAGGAAGGAAUCUUGGCCCAGGACCACUGAAGCGGAAAAAUCACAACAGCAACAACAACAACAUCCGCCCAUCUGCGGUCAAGUCUCAGAGGUCGUACCAGAUUUCGCAGAGUGGCGAUUGCAACCACUACACUGAUGACCUGUGCUUGGAUGCGAAUAAUUACCCCAGUGAGCAAAUUUUGGGCCUACUGGACCGGAAUAGGCGCAUUGGGGCGGAUUUGGUGGCGGACGUCAUUGAUCAAAGCGCAGACAACCUUAUUGACGGCGUCACUUCGGCCCAGGAAAACAGCUACACUUUCACCCAUUACUUUGGUGAAAAUCGGAGGCAAGACGGAGUUGAGCAGAAACAUAGGGACUUUGCCGAGGAAGGAGGGUUCUUGUGCCCUUCAGAGAUUAUGUAUGCCAAACCUAAGCGGGGAAAGACUGCGCAAGGAACUUGGAAGGAUAUCGUCAACGUCAAGGACUAUACACAAACUUUGAGAAUGGAAAAAUGUUUGAAACCUGGAGGGGGAUGCAGCUAUGUGAGCCACCACUACAAAUCUCAGUGCUCUCAAGUGUACAAUUAUCAUCGGCUCCUCUCUUGGGACAAAGAACGGGGACUUCACAUGGACAUUUACAAGGUCCCCACUUGCUGCUCGUGUCACAUCAUGGGAUAUUCUUAUGUGUAUCCACCUUUGAAGUCCUCUCAAGGUGGACUUCAGAAACCGGCCUUCAACAAUCAGAACUCGAACGGGUUUUCCCCGUCUAUUCCGGAAUUCGGUGGACCUUCCGGAGGUUUCACUGAGAGUAAAAAUGUCGGAUUUGUGGACAACUCCAACAAAGAUUUUACCGCCUUCAUGAACACUGUGAGUAGUAAAUUUCCCGACGACAAUGGACCCGACUUUGGUUUGUCGGAGCAACCGAGUAACCUGAGGUCGGAAGCGGUGGCACCCCCGACUAACUCGGUCUCUUCGAGAACCAACAAACCAAGAGAACUAUCCAAACCUCCAGGAAACACUGUUCGAAGGAGAAUAUCCUCUGUUCGGCGACGCCUUGAUAGAGACAGGUCUUCAAUCACCGAGGAGUCGGAACCUCUGAAAAAGCUCUCCAGGAAACCUAUGGCUCAUUCACAGCCGGAAGACGAGGACGAAUUCAAGGUCAGAGCCAAGGAGGCCAAUAAUUUCCAGGCCAGAGCUGAGCCUACCGAAUCCGAAUCCGAUGACGAGACCUCCAAAACAGACGAGUCUGGAGGCGAAACCAAGAGCGUGAAUUACGGAUAUCAUCCCAUCAUCGACUUCUUUGACCGAUAUCGAUGGAGUGCAGCCUCUCGCUAGUGAUAUGUGUAACAUGAACAAGCCAAUCCAUACGUGCCAGUAUUAUUACUAUCAUUAUUUUAAGAUAUUGACUUGUAAUCUCAAGAGAGUAUACUUGAUGACCUUUUCUCGUUUACACUAAUAAAAAUGGCCAAAUUGACGUCGACACGUGAGAGAUAAAACGAUAUCUUGUGC